UUAAUUUACAAAGAAAUUUCAGCACAACAGUGGUACCGUAAAUACGAGAUUUUCUCUUCCCGUCUCAGAACUGGAAGCAAAUUGUACGCGGCUCGGGUCGCAGCAGUGAGUGUAAAUCCCGUUAGGGCAGCAGUGCGUGUGCGUGUGUGUACGUGUGUGUGUGCGUUCGUGGUGCCGUGCGUGCGUUUGUUGUGCUGCCCUAGACCCCCUUCGGCCCUUCCUCGGUUUCGCCCUUUACAAGACGCACACACACACACACACUGGGUCCGUGUGGUCCGCGGACCAACAAUUAUCGUCAUCGUCACCAUCGUCAGUGAAACGGGAAAGGUGGCAAGAAAAGGUGUACACCCCGACGGUCGUCCCGAAAGUGGCCUCUUACUCUCAUCGCGACGGUGUGGCAACGGCGACGAAAGGGGCACGUUGAAGCUUUAAAUUAAACCAACGCUCCUUCCGGGGAAGCCAGCAGCGGGACGAUAAUUGCCGUGCUAGUGGGACGCACCUCACGGGCACGCAGCACCACCGCACGGAGUGGUGGUGGUGGUGGCGUCGGCGGCGGUCUACUUUCGAGGAAAAGCCCAGCUCGAAGCAGGAAAAACGGAGGGCAUCAGCAGCACGCAGCUGGCGGCGGCGGCGGCGGCAGCGGGCAUCAUGACGGCGACUGAUAACACGGUUCGCUUCAGCGAUCAUACGCUCGAUAAGGCGACCAAAGCGAAGGUCACGCUGGAGAACUACUACAGCAAUCUGAUCACACAGCACGGCGAGCGGAAACAGCGCCAGGCGAAGCUGGAAGCGUCGCUGAAGGACGAGACGCUGUCCGAGUCGCAGCGGCAGGAGAAGCGCAUGCAGCACGCCCAGAAGGAGACGGAAUUCCUGCGCCUCAAGCGCUCCCGGCUCGGGGUGGAGGACUUCGAGGCGCUCAAGGUGAUCGGACGGGGCGCAUUCGGCGAGGUGCGGCUGGUGCAGAAGAAGGAUACCGGGCACGUGUACGCGAUGAAGGUGCUGCGCAAGGCGGACAUGCUGGAAAAGGAGCAGGUGGCGCACGUGCGGGCCGAGCGGGACGUGCUGGUCGAGGCCGACCACCAGUGGGUGGUGAAGAUGUACUACAGCUUUCAGGAUUCGGUAAAUUUGUAUCUUAUCAUGGAGUUCCUUCCCGGCGGCGACAUGAUGACGCUGCUCAUGAAGAAGGACACACUGUCGGAGGAGUGCACACAGUUCUACAUCGUCGAGACGGCGCUCGCGAUCGAUUCGAUUCACCGGCUCGGCUUCAUCCACCGCGACAUCAAGCCGGACAAUCUGCUGCUGGAUGCGCGCGGCCACCUGAAGCUGUCCGACUUUGGGCUGUGCACGGGGCUGAAGAAAUCGCACCGCACCGACUUCUAUCGCGACCUGUCGCAGGCCAAACCGUCCGACUUUAUCGGCACCUGCGCCAGCCCGAUGGACUCGAAGCGGCGGGCGGAAAGCUGGAAGCGCAAUCGGCGAGCGCUGGCGUACAGUACGGUCGGCACGCCGGACUACAUCGCGCCGGAGGUGUUCCUGCAGACGGGGUACGGGCCGGCGUGCGACUGGUGGUCGCUCGGCGUGAUCAUGUACGAGAUGCUGAUGGGCUAUCCGCCGUUCUGCUCGGACAACCCGCAGGACACGUACCGGAAGGUGAUGAACUGGCGGGAGACGCUCAUCUUCCCGCCAGAAACGCCUAUCUCGGAGGAGGCCCGCGAUACGAUAGUGAAAUUUUGCUGCGAAGCUGAACGACGACUCGGCUCACAGCGUGGAAUUGAGGAUCUGAAGCUAGUGCAAUUCUUCCGCGGCGUCGACUGGGAGCACAUACGAGAGCGUCCGGCGGCCAUCCCGGUGGAGGUGCGCUCGAUCGACGAUACAUCGAACUUUGACGAAUUCCCCGACGUAGCACUAGAGAUACCCGCCCACCCACAACCGGAAGGGGAAGUGCUCAAGGAUUGGGUGUUUAUCAACUACACCUUCAGACGGUUCGAAAGCCUUACCCAGCGCGGAACGCCGACGAAAAAGUGAGCUGUGAAAUAAGAAAACAAGAUCCGGUAGCGCGGAAGAAAUGGCGCCCAAGCAGCCAGACCAGCAGCAUGCACCAGGUGUGCAAAGUGUGAGUAGUGUCGGCCCCAAACGACGUCUGGCUUCUGAUACCGUAGAGCGACUCCCCAAAAAAGAAAAACAAAAAACCACAGAUGCUGCUAUUAACGCUCCAGCGCUUCGAGACAUUAAAGAGCGAAUAGGAAAAAAACGGUUCACUAGGAUAUAGAAUGUGAGCGGUGGGAAGAUGAUUUCAGGCCUUUUCGGGUUAUCGUAUGCACCCCACCCCUUUAUCCCCUCCACUCUAGCAGACUCACACUUUAGUGUCGCAUCCAACUGUGUGGUACUACAACGGUUCGAGUGUGGGGUGUGUGAAAAAAUUGUGUUGUUUUCGCGCAUUUUUAAGGUUCACUGUGGCGCUCGAUCGUGCGCGGCGCGAACGAGGCACACGCGCUCGUAGUUGGUUUCUGAUAAUUACACACAAGUGCAACCAAAUCGUAUCAAACAUGCUUGCCGUGGAACGGAGGAGAAUGGACACACACACACAUACUAUUAUGCAGGGAGAGGACGUCAUAGUAAUUGAACGAAAGGAAUCAGAAAAAUCUAUCGUAGCUAACCACAAAAUCGUAACGAAAGUGUGAUGCGCCUGAAAUGGUGAGAUUGCGAGUUUAGCGCGCUGUGGAGAGUUGCCCAUAAAAUAUCAUCCCCUCUGCCCCUUUUACUAUCCACAAGUAACACGUAAAACGAAAACCCAGAAUACAGGGUGUUCCAGGGGUUCUCAUUGUUGUGGGACACUUCCUUGACUCUUUCUUAUAAAAAGUGAACUUCAAAUGAUGGAAAUUGGACUUUAUGGUACCCUUUUUGGGCAGGCUCCUUGAAAAUUCCUAUUGGAUUUGUCCUACAAGUGUUCUAUAGAGUUCAAUUCCCAUUACAUUAAGUUCAUUUCACGUCAGAAAGAGUCAAUAAAAUAUCCUACAGCUUUGAGAACUCCUGAAAACCGCUGUAAUGUUUGAGUGUGUCGAUGCAGAACUCUAUAGAUGGCUGAACUAUAAUAACUCCCUCUCCCAACACACACACACACACCCUACUGUACUGUUUUCCUACUAAGUUAGCGUGUUUUUUUUUUCUUGUACUAAAUUUGUAGCUGCUUGUUUUCGUUUUUCUUUCGUUUAGCGUUUAUUCGUUCUUCCUCACGUACCAAGUACUAGCCGUUAAAUCCGUUUUGUUCGUUUUAAGUAUAAUCUAAAUAGAUGUGUUUUUUCUCUCUCUCCUUCGUGUUUAAGAUGAGAUUCGCUUGCGGUGAUCGCGGUAAGGAUAGGGCGUAGUUGUAUUUAAAGAAGCAAGAGGAGGUGAGAAUACGCACCUUUCUUUUUGCGAUUUUCUUUGCCUCCCCCUGACCUGUCCCGGGGCUCGCGGACCGUCCACAGCAAAAGGCGAACGUUAGGUAAAGGUAAUGAUGGUGUACGGAGAAUGAGCAUUUGUUUGAGGAACUGUUUCGACGGAAGAAAUUUAUGCUUUUUAGAUCUUUCUUCUCCUUCUGUUAAGUUAUUAAAAGUAAAAUGGUUUGCUUUAGGAGAAGGACGACUCGAGGAAAAAAGGAAAAGAAAAAUUGAUCUGUAUGUGGCGGAGAAAGCGAAAGAGUGUCGAUGAAACACACGGGGCAGCCUCUAAUGGAAUAAUCGAAAGGGAAAUCGAAAUCAAAAUGGAAAGGAUGAACAGAUAGAAUCCGCCGCGUACUGUACUUGCCCAUCUUCUUCCACACUCAAAUGAGCUUGAGCGGUGCAACAGACACGAGAUAAACUCAGCAAAAAAAACUCAGUUCAACUCGUACGGCUCGUCUUUCUCAUGGUAGUAGCGUUUUAAGCAUCCUUUCUGUGUAUCCUUUUGAUUUUAAUAACGGAAAUCGGUGGUGACUACUGCGCGUGGGCGGGCAAGCGAAAGAUUGAUGAUCGCGGCACGGCAUGCUUAUGCUUAUAAGGCAUGAUGAUUGGAGCCCAUAGUAUUAAAAUAGAAUAUUGUAAUGUAUGACGACGAUGAUGAAGGAUGAUGCUGAUGAUGUAUUGUAUUGUAUUGCAUUGUUUUCUUUUUAAUUAUAAUUAUUUUUCGUUCGUAAGUAAUUGCAAAGCACUCAUAAAGAAAGCCACGUACACAAACACAGACCUUUCAUUGGGGCAAGAAGUGUGCCUCUCCAAAACAAAAACCUUCCUCAAAAACCUCGAAACGGGUGAGGACUUGGCGGAUGGUGCUGAAUUGUGCGGCACAUGGAAUGAUAAUAAAAUGACAUGAUGUUGUCUCGUAA